AAAAAAUGCCUGGAAGAUUUCUGUCCCUCCUCUUCCUGCCCAUUUGCAUCUCUGCCUGAUCCGGAUGAUGUGAUAUUCGGGGAGACAGCUUCAUCGAAGUCGUCCUUCAAGGAGACCCGUCUGGCCCAAGCCUGGAUGUACAGAAUUCAGGAUGGCCAGUCAGCCGCCAGAGGAUGCGGCUGAGUCUCCGGUCUCGGACGAGCUGGAGUGUAAGAUCUGCUACAGCCGGUACAACCUGAGACAGAGGAAACCCAAAGUGCUGGAGUGCUGUCACAGGGUGUGUGCCAAAUGCCUCUGCAAGAUCAUAGACUUCGGGGACUCCCCGCGCGGCGUCAUCGUCUGCCCCUUCUGCAGGUUCGAGACAUGCCUGCCGGAUGAUGAAGUCAGCAGCCUGCCCGAUGACAACAACAUCCUCGUGAACUUGACGUGCGGCGGCGGCGGCAAAGGCAAGAAGUGCCUGCCCGAGAACCCCACGGAGCUGCUGCUGACCCCCAAGCGGCUGGCCUCGCUGGUCAGCCCUUCCCACGCGUCCUCCAGCUGCCUGGUCAUCACGAUCAUGGAGGUGCAGAGGGAGAGCUCAGCGUCGCUCAGCUCCGCGCCCGUGGUCGAGUUCUACAGGCCCUCCAGCUUCGACUCCGCGACCACCGUGUCGCACAGCGGGACCGUGUGGAACUGCACGUCCCUGCUCUUUCAGACGUCCAUCCGGGUGUUGGUAUGGUUGCUAGGCUUGCUGUACUUCAGCUCCUUGCCCUUGGGCAUCUACUUACUGGUGUCCAAGAAGGUCACCCUCGGGGUGGUCUUCGUCAGCCUUGUCCCUUCCAGCCUCGUCAUCCUGAUGGUAUACGGCUUCUGCCAGUGCGUCUGUCACGAGUUCCUAGACUGUUUGGCACCGUCCUCUUAGCCGAGACGCACGCUCAGAAUUUGACACACGUGGCCAUGUUUCAAGUUCGGUCAUUUAGCCCAUCUUUUCUCGCGUAUUCUCUGUGAUCGGUGCCCUUGGCGUGAACAAAGCCACUGGGCAUAUAUUCCGUGGUCCGUUUUCCAUCCAAAUGUUGACUCAGUUGGUUCCCCUGUA